AUGUUGCACGGACUUUUGAAUCUGUUAUUAUUAUUCUGUUGCUUUACAUUUGCAAGCGGAGACGUUGCUCACGUUUUUCACCCGGUUAUCUUAAUUCCUGGGGUCGCUGGGAGCCAGCUGGAGGCGAACCUGACCGGGAAGCCGGACGUUGUUCAUCCGUUAUGCCUACGGCGUACGCACAAGUUUUUCGAUCUCUGGUUGAAUUUGGAAAAGCUUCUGCCGAUUGCAAUCGAGUGUUUGGCCCACAAUCUAAUGCUGCAAACCAAUUCUGAGACUGGGGAAGUUUCCAGCAUGCCCGGUGUCGAUAUUCGAGUUUCAGGGUUUGGCACAUCGUCAUCUGUUGAAUUUCUAGACAAAAGCAGAGCUGCUCCCGGGAUGUAUUUCUUCCUACUAGUGGAGAAUCUUGUGAAAUGGGGUCUCCGGCGUGAUGUGAACAUCACUGGAGCACCAUACGACUUCAGACUAGCACCAGAACAUCUGGGCGUCUAUUAUCAAGAGUUGAAAGCCCUUGUUGAAAGAUCUUACGAUAAUGCCGGAUACCGACAAGUGGUGCUCAUUGGUCAUAGUAUGGGGAACCUUGUCGCAUUGCAUUUCUUCACUAAAAUCGUCGAUCAGGCAUGGAAGAAUAAGUAUAUCAAAGGACUUAUAUCGAUCGGAUCUCCUUGGGGUGGCAGCAUGAAAACGUUGCAAACCUAUGCAUCUGGCUAUAAUUUCGAUGUUCCCAAUUUCAUUCUGAAUCCAAUGAAACUUCGACCGGCACAGAGAACGUUCACAUCUCUAGCAAGUCUUUUCCCAACAAGAAUGGCUUGGGGUGGUAACGAAUUGAUGACCACCGUCGGAAAUAGAAACUAUACUUUAGCAGAUAUGCCAGAAUUCUUCUCCUAUUUGGAGUAUGAAACUGGGUGGAAGCAAAUAGGAAGGUUAGGUAUCGUUGAUAGGACACUUGCAGCACCAGGUGUGAUGGUUCACUGCAUCUUUGGGGUUGGAUUGCCAACAAUUAACAGAUUGGUAUGGUCCAGUUCCGCGUUCCCACACAAACAACCACUAGAGAUAAGAAAAGGAACUGGCGAUGGUACUGUUGAAGAGAAGUCAUCGGAAUUGUGUAAACAUUGGAAUCCGGGGAAUAACGCUGGAAAGAAGGUGACAGUACAUCGAAUUGAUGGCGGCGAUCAUAUGCACACGAUUCAUCAUCCCACAACUAUUGAAAUUGUUCGACAAGUUGUAAUUAGCUCGAACCAGGCGACUACAACCUCUCCACUUACUUGA